AUGAUGCUAUUCCAAUGCUCCACUGAACAUCUUAAAGAUAUAUGCAAAUUUUUACUUUUAUUUUGUGGAAAGAAUUUGUUCUUACUUUAUUUUGCUCUGAAAAUAGGCCAAAUCAAGUACAACUUUGCAUUUUUCAAAGGAAUUAGAAAUUUAGCAAAUGCUGUCUACUUGUAUUAUUUAGGUACCGUGAAGACAUUGACAUAUUCUUUGAAUUCGCCUGGGGUAUGUAUCUGCUAUCGAGUUGAUCCGAUUCCAUGCUUUAUGCAGUUGAAUAACAGUUUCACAAAUGAAAAAUAA